CAUUGGCAUGAGUAUGUGACUACUAAUUUCGAACAGAAGGAAUAAUCAUUCAGGAGCCAACAAUUAUUUGAUGAACAAAAAGAUCUUACAUAGGGAAAAGUGAGAGGAGCUAGCUAUAUAUGAUAAUGAACAAAGUUUAAAUGCUAGAAAAUAAAGCUUUAAAUUGAUAAACAUACAUAAAGAAAAGAAGAGGCCAAGGUUGUAAAUAGUAGUAUCUUUUAAUAAGACUACUUUAGAGGGAGAUGACCCAUGAAAGAGUAAAGAACAAAACCUAGAAGAAAAAAAAAAAAAAAAAGGUGGUACACUAGCUUAAAAAGCAAGAGGUUUUAUGGGUAUGUUUUCUGAGUUGUUUCCUUGAAUAGAGAGAAAGUUUAAAAAGAAGCUAGCCAUAUAAUUUUAACAAAGUAUAAUUACACCAUCUUGGGAUCUCAAAAAAAAUUAAAAGGAUCCAAUUAAAUUUUUAUAACCCCAUUAUUAUUACUUCAUUAUGGACUCCACCAAUUUUCAGCACCACGAACAACAACAACAACAAGAGCAGCAACAACAUCUUCAAGACCACUUUGUUAAUUGCUCUCCUUUAAACAUUCCUUCUUCUGGCUAUGGAGUUUCUUCCUCUCUUCACCCCUGGAACGCGAACAUCUUACCAACGAGUACAACAUCAACUAACACUACGUUCAACGACAAGCCAUACGAAAACGAGUUCCUCAGUAGCACAACAUCAAUCUCGUCCAUGCCUAAAAUUGAAGACGACAUGCUAAGCUCAUUCCCUACCUAUGGUGGCCUAAUCCAUAAUCCUACAACCGCGACUACUUUGGAUAAUAUAAAUCCAUGGUCAUUCACCGGCUUGAUCUCUUCUGCUUCUGGUAUGCCCUACAGUAGGGGAUUAAUGCAGCUCCCCUUGGAGGUUAACAACUGGAGUAAUAAUAAUCAAGGUUAUCCUAGUACAAGUUUCCUAAAUCAGCUUGGAUUAGUGUCUUCGCCAAAUAACUCAACAGCAUCCACAGUAUCAAGUAGUAGUCCUCGACUAGGCCUUAAUUUGCAAGCUAUGGAUUUCCUUGGAAGUAAUUCAAGUUUCGGCUCUCAAAACCGCCCUAUGUCAUAUGAUGUUGUGGGAGAAGAAGUUAUUAGCCCCGUUGGAAAGAUCAUGUCUAACAAGACAUCAAGUUUGAUGAAUGGAUCACUAACGGGAACAAAAAGAGCCGCCGGGAGUUCAAGUUGUGAUCAGUCAAAGGCAUCAGCAUCCAACAAUCCAGUUGCUACUAAGAAAUCUCAAGCCAAGGUUUCUUGCCCUCCAUUUAAGGUUAGAAAGGAGAAACUAGGAGAGAGGAUAGCAGCACUACACCAAUUAGUUUCACCUUUCGGCAAGACGGAUACAGCUUCUGUUUUGACAGAGGCAAUUGGAUACAUCCAAUUUCUUCAAGAUCAAAUUCAUACACUUUGCAUGCCUCAUGCUAAGCCUUCUCGUAGCAAGCCUACUAGACCCUUCCAAAUGGGGCUAGGAAGUGAAGAAGAGGGAAAAGAGGAAGAAAGAAUAGAACUUCGAAGGAGAGGAUUAUGUCUUGUGCCAUACUCGUGGACAUCAUAUCUCACGCCAACCCAAGUGGAUGCGUCCAAUCAUCCUUCUUUUUUUUAGUUUUCAUUUCUUUUUGUAUCGUUAGGCAUGUUUCCACUCAUGGAAUUAAUGUAAGGAGAGCAUAGAUCAAGUAUACUUUUAUUAUACUACCAAAACAUAAUAAAAACAAUGUUGUUUUUUCUUUU